GUCAAGAUCAAGAUCAUCAUAAUCAGGUUGCCUCUAGCCUCUAGAUAACCACGGAGUUAGAGACUUGCCGGGAAAGUUCACUUCCUCAGGAUACAGAAUGUCGUCACACCGCCGGUCCUUUCCGGCGCCUUCGUUUCAUCCCGGCAGUGAUCCUCUCACCGACCCAUCUUCAGGCGACGAAUCCGAUCCCAAUGCCAUUCCUUGGUUCUUCGAAUUUGUCUCGUGUUCAAUAUGUAAUCAUGACCUCGUUGAAACACUUCAGUCGGAUACUCCCGAGCGAUUCUGGAUGACGGAAUGUGGACAUUUUCUUUGCGACAAUCACACUCGCGAGUAUCGGACCAAAGAUUUUCUAUCGUCUCUUCUUCUAAAGUACCUACCCAAAGUCUGCACUCUAUGCGGCACAAAACCCAUAACAACCACUGCUUUGGCUGGCAAACUCGAAGCAGAACUCAAGCCAUGGUUCAAGAACCCCACAAGCGACUUGAAGAAGACUAUGAGGACAGUAGGAUUUCAGACAACGGAGAUGGCUAGGGUGAUUCGCGAGCUCAGGAAGCAAGUUGCAGUACAGAAUACUGCACUGGAAACAGCAAACAGGCGGGUCCAGGGUGAGAGACGACUUAGGCAGGAGUUGGAAGGGUCGAAGCAAGAGGUUGAAGCAUUACGAGCCGAAGUCGAGUCGCUGCGGCGUGGUCGUCCGUCUCAAGGUGCUGCAGCCUCAACAGGAACGCUACCAUCACGGCCGAGCAGACCUGCUGCGAGAGCCCCGGUUGCGCAGGUAGACGACGAUACUGGCGGGUUUGGGGAGCCUAGAUCUUUCGCUCAGGGGAACGGAUCGAAGGAUGGGCAACAACUCGAUGGGUUCGGUCGUCCGAUGGCAAUAGGACGUGACGACUCUCGGAAACGACAGAGACAAGGAACGAAUCAACAAUCUGGACCUCACUCCGAAGGCAGCCUUCAUACUCCUUUCAUUCAACACAAUCCGAACCCGAGAGGUCCCGUACCACCCGAACGUUACAGCCUACAUACUCGAUCGAGCGGGUUAUCAGACAGCGGUCUUGGGAACAAGCAAGUGACAAGAACAGAAUCCAGGCAGAGGAUGAGGGAGCACUUGACACAAGCCGUCCAGAAUCACUCAAGCCAUGCCGACACCCGCCAGAAUCCCUCAGAGAUCGCAAUUCAAGGCUCCAGGACCAAGUAG